UUCGGUCGUUGAACGGAAAAACCGCCACCUCUGCCGAGCAGGCGAAAGAUAGAGAAGCAAUGGCGGCGGAGUCCGAUCCGAAAGCUUCUUCCGCCGGCUCGUCCCCUGCCGUCAACGGUGGCAUAACGGUGGCGGAGUGCCAAGAUAUGAUCCGUAGAAGUCUCAGAACUCCAAUGGUGAAAUUUUUAAGGGAGCAUUUGGAGAAAGCUGGAUGCAGUUUUGGGGACAGCUUCAUCCGGGCCGUCCACUGCGACAAGGAGAUCAGUGGCGGUUACGUCCGUGGCGAAGGGAUAGUGGUAUGUAGUAAUCACAUGAACAUCCCAGAUGAGGUUAACCAAGUGGUCAUCCAUGAGCUCAUCCACGCAUAUGAUGAUUGCCGUGCUGCUAACUUGGACUGGGCUAAUUGUGCUCAUCAUGCUUGUAGUGAGAUUCGGGCUGGUCAUUUAAGUGGUGAUUGCCACUACAAGAGAGAAUUGCUGCGUGGUUAUAUGAAGAUACGAGGUCACGAGCAAGACUGUGUGAGGAGAAGAGUUAUGAAAUCAGUGAUUGCCAACCCUUACUGCUCCGAAGCAGCAGCUAAGGAUGCCAUGGAAGCUGUCUGGGAUGUUUGUUACAAUGAUACAAAACCAUUUGACAGAGCUCCUUGACACAUGGGAUUUACUGGCAUUCACGACAGCUUGCGUGGGUGGUCGAGUUGGUUUACUGGAUAGAACAAAUGAUACCUAACCGAUCUUGGCUGCUUUGGUUAUUCCAAGUUAUAUGCUACUGAAUGUGAAAACUGGGGAUAAUAAGGUUUCAGAUUUUUUUCAUCUCCUCGGCAAGUUGAAGGGGAGGGACCUUACCAUUUUUUUGUGAACCAGGUACGAGUGUUCAUGAUCAAUUAUUUGGACUAA